AUGAUCCUGGCCUGGAGACAUCUGCUAAGAACUUUGCCCCUGGAGACCUCUUCCCGCAGGACCCCCACGACAUGCCCUUCCCCGAGCUUAGGCACUUUCUGGAGAUCUGUAACCAAGCGCGGUCUUCAUUCAAAACCCAGAAUGCCUCCAUGUGACUUUACACCUGAGAGAUACCAGUCCCUGCCCUACCGCCGUGUCCUGGAGAUCUACAGGCAGCACCUCUCCUCUAUGCAGACGGCCUACUUCCCGGAGCCGCUGCUGCUCCACCAGGGCCACAUGGAGUGGCUAUUCGAUCACCAGGGAAACAGAUACCUGGAUUUCUUCUCUGGGAUUGUCACUGUCAGUGUCGGUCACUGCCACCCGAAGGUCAACACAGUGGCACAAAAGCAGCUCGGCCGCCUGUGGCACACAAGCGCAGUCUUCUUCCAUCCACCGAUCCAUGAGUACGCAGAGAAACUUUUGGCACUUCUUCCCGAGCCUCUCAAGGUCAUUUUCUUGACAAACAGUGGCUCAGAAGCCAACGACCUAGCCUUGCUGAUGGCCAGAGCACACUCAAAGAACAUAGACAUCAUUUCUUUCAGAGGAGCCUACCACGGAUGCAGUCCUUACACACUUGGCUUGUCAAACGUAGGGCCGUUCAAGAUGACACUCCCCGGUGGGGUGGGCUGCCAAUCAACAAUGUGCCCAGAUGUUUUCCGUGGCCCCUGGGGAGGAAGCCACUGUCGAGACUCUCCAGUGCAAACAAUUAGGAAAUGCAACUGUGCACCAGACUCCUGCCAAGCUAAAGACCAGUACCUUGAACAAUUCAAAGAUACUCUGAACACUUGUGUGGCCAAAUCAAUUGCUGGAUUUUUUGCAGAACCAAUUCAAGGGGUGAAUGGGUUUGUUCAGUACCCGAAGGGGUUUCUGAAGGAGGCCUUUGAGCUGGUGCGCAAGCAAGGAGGCGUGUGUAUCGUGGACGAAGUGCAGACAGGACUUGGAAGGUUGGGCUCUCAUUUCUGGGGCUUCCAAACCCAUGGCGUCCUACCAGACAUUGUCACCAUGGCUAAAGGGAUUGCGAAUGGCUUUCCCAUGGCAGCUGUUGUGACAACUCCAGAGAUUGCCAAGUCUUUGGCUAAAAGCAUGCUCCACUUCAACACCUUCGGAGGGAACCCAGUGGCCUGUGCCAUUGGAUCGGCCGUGCUUGAGGUGAUUAAAGAAGAAAAGCUACAGGAAAACAGCCAAGAAGUUGGCACCUACAUGCUACUGGAGUUUGCUAAGCUGCGGGAUGAAUUUGAAAUUAUCGGAGAUGUCCGAGGCAAAGGCCUCAUGGUAGGAAUAGAAAUGGUGAAGGAUAAGAUGAGCCGCCAGCCUCUUCCCCGUGAGGAAGUCAAUCAAAUCCAUGAGGACUGCAGGCUCAUGGGACUGAUCAUUGGUAGAGGGGGCGUUUUUUCUCAGACGUUCCGCAUUGCGCCCCCCAUGUGCAUCACUAAGCCAGAAGUAGAUUUUGCAGUGGAAGUAUUUCGUGCUGCGGUAACCCAACAUAUGGAAAGAAGAACUAAAUGAAAUUUAAAAUAUAAAAACCCACAAGCCUCAAGAGCUUCCCACGGGCAUUCAAGAGCUAAUAUGGGGAAUUUCAGAACCACCGGUAUUAAG